CACGACGAAUACGCUUGGUGGCGCUAUAGCUCACACAGCUGACAACUGUAAAUUUAUAUUGUUUAUCAAUUAUCUCGCGCCGCGCUGUUAUAAAUGUUUAUUUCUAUAUUAAUUAAUAUUUAAAAAUGUCUCAUAUUCUUGUGAAAUUCUCGAAAUUUCUGGAUAUACUCGACGCCGGCGAAGAUGCUAAAAUCUUUGUUUCAGAUAAUGCAAUCAGAGAAAGUUUAUUUCUCCUAACUGAAUUCCAGACGUGCAGAACAUUGACUUUAAAAUAUUUUGGAGUCUUGGCUGACAAAUGUAUAGAAAACUAUGUCCAAAAUGUGAUUGUAGAUGUUAGAACUGGUUCGGUAACAAAUAAUGGCAGAGAUUUCGAUUUACUCGAUCAAAGGUACUUUAUACCGAUACAAGCAAAAUUGGAAACGUUAAUAAAUAACGGAACUGAUGAAUGGCAUCUAGAGGUUUUAAAAUGGAGUUUAGAGUUGAUCGGUAGUCUGACGAAAAAACACAAAAAUUACGAGAUGACCAUUGGUGCAAAAACCAAUUAUUGGUUAAGUUCCACUACCAUGAAGGGUCUGAUGUUGCUUACCACAAGAUGCAUCUGUAAAUUGGAUAGCAAUAAUUUGGAAAAAGCUAUCGUCGAAAUUAUGUCUGUAUUUCGGCGUUUUCAACCAGAUUGGUUACUUGUACGAAUUGGAAAUUGUUUUCCCCACAAAAUCAUGUCAAAUAUUUUGGAAUUCUGUUUAAAAUUAUUUGAACACGAGGUAAAUGUGAAAUUCACUGUGGAAGUAAGCAUUUUAGAUCACUUAUCGUUUCUGCAUGAAAAUGAUUUAAAAAAUGCUUUAAAAAAAAUGCUACUUCGAGGACUCACUGAAGGUCCAGCAAAUGCUUCAGUAGUUCCAUUUUUAUUAAGUCUAUCGAAUCAGUCUGAAAUAAUAUUACAGAGUCUAGUGGACAUUUUAUACGAAAUAUAUGAUGAUAAAUUACUUGCUACAAUCGCAAAGAACUCUUUACUUUGGAGAAACAAUAAGCUAUUUAUGGAUAUGCAACCAUCACUACAUAAUGUAGUACUGCGCAUCAAAAAUCAUGGAGUGCAGUUAUUACUCAAAUUAGCAAAAAUUGCAUCACAGUUUCAGUGGUGUUAUAUUUUUCUGGAAUAUUCAUUGAUAGAAUUGGAACAAUGUGUACUCAAUUCAAAGCUAUGUCCAUUAAUUAAUGACUUAGCAUCAGAAGAGUCGAAAUAUUUGCUAUGGAUAAGCAGCACCUCUUCAAAUCGUAUUGAACAGCAAACUGCAAUACGUCUACUACUCAUAGCCUCAACUCAGUAUAAUAAUCAUUACUACGAAACAAUAUCUGAACUGCUACGUAAAUCGUAUGAUAUCAAAAAAAGUGGCUUGACUGCACUUAUUCGCUUGCUUAAUGGACACAAUGGCGUGCAAAAUUUUCCUAAAAUAAAGCCAGGCUUAGAUAUGGUUUUACAAGAUGUGACAACCCAAGAACAAUUUCCAAAUUUUGGUUGGCACGGUCGUGAUAUGCGUAUAUCAGAGACUUUAAAUGUAUUAAAGAAUCUAAAGACAUUAUUAGAGUUGUAUAAGCAGAAUACAGUAACACCCUCCAAAGAGACGCAACUCACUGCAGCCUUGAUAAAAUGUCUCCCUAAACUUUUAGAGCUAUUGGAAGUUAUAACGGAAAGCCUCAUACACAGCAUGAAUAAAAAAGCAAAGGAAGAUUUAGAAAAUAUAAACUCCUAUUCUGACUCGAGUGAUUCCGAUGAUUCAGAUGAUGUCAAAUUGAACUUCACUUCAAGUGAAUUAUUUGAAACAAAUUCGAAAAUAGAUGGAAAUUCAGUCGAAGACAGUGAAAAAACAGAUGAAGCAAAUGCUAACUUUAAUCGGCAGGAAAAGGCACAUGUCCUAGUAGAUUUGCUAAACACUGUUGACGUAUGUGGAAGCAGUGUGCUGACAACUCCUGAAGUUCUCAAAUUGUCAAGUUUAUUGGCAAAAUACUUUUUUUUCUGCUUAACUGAAAAACCCGAUACUAAACGUCUAUUUGGCAUAAAACGUUGUUGUCAAUUGUUGCAGCGUUUGUGUAAGGGUCGUAAUGCAGCUCGCACCGCUUGUGUACGAGAACUAAUCGAGGGUGCGCUUCUACAUUACGGUUAUCUUUUUGGGCAAAUAGAUGAACUCAAGAUAGUUGAUGAAUUAAAAGUUCCAGAAAAUGAAUUUGUUUUCAAUCAAAAUACACGAUUCAAUCAUGGACCAGUAUCUAAUCGUACUGCAUUGCAUGCUGGAGUCAUUGGACAUGGACUGCGUACAAAUAACAAUAAAACAAAUGAGACCUACUGCCCUGGUACUGAAGUCUUGUUUCUGAAAGCACUUAAUUCUUGUUUUGAUCACAGCGAUAUUCGUAAUGUUUAUGAGUGCUACUCUUCAAUAUCAUUACUACUGUUAGAAUUAGUUUGUCCCGAUAUUAUGUAUAAUGGACUACCUUUUCCAGAAGAAGAAUUCACAAAAGUGACAAUGGAACGAGAUUUAUUUAUUAAACGUGCAUUCUCAAAUUCUCCAGUAUUAUGGACAAUACUAGGAUAUUUAGCACUACGUCGUCCAGCUCUAUGUUUCGCAUCAGUACUUUUAAGAGCAUUAUGCGCCACCUGUUUACAUCAAUGGAGAGCUAAAAAUGUCAGUAAAUUUCAAAGUUUGGAUCCAAAUGAAGAGCUUAUGGAUUGUACCAAAAAACUGUUGGAAAUCUUAGCAACUGGUCAGCUUCUACCACCGCCACUUUCAAAUUUAUCCACAAUUAUUGAACAUUUCGAACCACUUGAGAUUGCCCUGGUACUUAAAGAAUGUGUAUGGAAUUAUUUAAAAGAUUACGUACCCACUCCAACGCUGUUUCAAUGCGAUGGAACCGCUCCACCUUGGCGUAAUCCUGCUUUAUUUAAAGUACAACCUCAAUAUGUGGAUCCACUGCGAAAUUUAAUGCAAAAAAAAUUAACUAAAUUUGGUUCACAUUACUAUCAAAUGUUUAUAAUGCCAGAGCUUCAUAAUAGCUUAGAGAAUAUUAUGCUGACAGAGCGAGAGAAAAACGAAGGCAAAAAGACUUAAUUUAUUGAAUUAUUCAUUAAAACAAACAUUUAUUUUAAAAUUUUACAAAUAUGGAAAAAAUCAGUAAAUAUAAAGGCUUUCGUUUAUUUUUUGUGAUUUUGUAUUUGUUUGUUUAUAACUUUAACAAAUGAGGUUUCUUCAUGUUUUACAUUAAAACAUUUUUGUAUUGUCGGUAGGACAUUAGAAUUCUUCAGAAUUGCAUUUGGCAUUGCUUGAUGUGAAUUAUUUUAUCCAUAUUAACAAAUUUCACUGAUUAACAUACAUUUUACAUUUAUUUAAACUAAA